AUGAGAAAAGACUUGGUCAACCGAUGCUAUCAUGCAAUACUUGAAAGUUGUAUCUAUCAUCUCAUGUUCCUUUUAGAUUCUCCCUGAAGUCCGAUAGUGCGACAUGACGGAUCUAUCAGCCUUUCUCCCUGAGGCUCUCUCACAAAAGCGAAGGCUCCGCAGUCUCUUCCUCUUCCAGGUCUAUGUCUCUGCCUUCGCCGGUCUCAUCGCCUUCGUCUUCCCCAAGGCCUUUGGCGUCUUCUUUACCGACGGCUCUGUCUCUGACGGCGUUCACUCGGGCGCUGGCGCCAGCAACUCCCAGGGCUCUGUGGCCCACUUCAUGAUCCGCCUCUACGGUGCUCUUCUUGGCACGCAGGCUUGGCUGGUGUGGGUGGUGGCCAAGGUGGACGACGGAUACGUGAAGCGAGCUUUCAUCCAAGGCUACUUCGGCUGCUUCGCCGCAUCCCUCGCCGCUGUAGUGGCGGCACAUGCUCAGGAUGACGGGACGAUGGCCGGGCAUUUCUUCGGGGCUCUCAAGAUCGUGAUCCUAAGCAUCCUCACCGCCGGCUACGGCUGGUUCGCUUUCUUCCAACCCCCAGCUGUCUACGAGCUUCCCAGAGACCAUUAACAGCCAUCUUCCUUGCUGCCUCACUCUCCAUCUUGGGGCGGAGCUGGAGGCGGCAGUCUGAUUCGCACGUGCAGUUUGCCUGCUUCUCCCGGGCUCCAGUCCAGCUGCUCUGUGGUCCUUGACAUCUCUCGCAAGUGACAGACCUCAUCAGAUCUAGAGAUUUUAAGUUACCUUGAAGUGAAACGAGACUAACCCUCCUG